CCAUCAACCAAAAGCAUAAUAAUAUAUUAGUUACCUUCACAAUAUAGCAAUUCUCUUCAAAAUCAGAAUACACAAUGAAGAACUUACUCAGUGGAAAUGUGGUAACUGUUUCCAUGAGUUCAAAAGUAUGCUCAUUUGAAAGGCAGCCUAAAAAGUUACUGUCUCUAUCUGCUAGCCAAGACUAUGUUCCAUCUGCAACUUCAAAGCACUUAUCUAAAAUAAAUCAAAGAAAAUCUAUGAUUGUUAAGAUGAACAAGCUUGGAGAGAGGAUGGACUGUCUUGCACAAGGCAUCCGCGAGCAUGUGAGCCAUAGCCCGAAGCUAACAGAAACAGUGAAGGGGAAAUUGAGCCUUGGAGCGAAAAUUCUUCAAGUUGGAGGGUUGGAGAAGAUAUUCAAGCAGAUGUUUGGUGUUAGAGAUGAUGAAAAGCUAUUGAAGAUUUCUCAAUGCUAUUUAUCAACUACAGCUGGUCCAAUAGCAGGACUUAUCUACAUCUCUACCGAUAAGAUUGCUUUCUGCAGUGAGAGAUCAAUAAAGCUCUCAUCUCCAACUGGAAAGUUGCUUAGAAUCUACUAUAAGGUAUCGAUCCCAAUAAGUAAGAUAAUGAAAGCAAAAGAGAGUGAAAAUAGGGAAAAACCAUCACAGAAGUAUAUACAAGUAAUUACAGAGGAUGAUUUUGAGUUCUGGUUUAUCGAAAUCAUCAAAAGACUCUGAGAUAUCUGCAGCACGCAGUUUCAAGUGCUUCAUGCAGCUAAGAAGAUAACUACUACAUUUUGUUUUUUCAUUUUGAUUUGUAAUACGCCCAUUCAUCAAUGUAAAAUGUUGAUGCAAAAAUGUACAGAUCUUUUCAAACUUAUAACUAGCUUCCAUUGCUCUAAGGAGACUUUCGUUUUUUUAGGCUUUGAUCCGUAGUCUGUUAGCACGAAUGUAUAGACUUAUUGUGCAGUCAGAAGGUUAAUUCAUCUUUUGGGACUUGGCAUAGUCAUCACUUCCUAAGUGUAUGUUUGAGUAGCAGAUUAUAAUGCUCCUCGAGAAGCAUAUUUAAAAUAUUAUGU